UUCCUGCCAAUGUAGAUUGACAGGAAGCCGCCAAGUUCUGAACAUUGCCUAUGUCAGCUCAUAAGCCCAUUGGGGGGAAAAUCAAUAGGUUGGAAUAUCCGCCGUCUAGGUACCUGACAACUGCAUUUUUCCAAGCUAACAGGGUUUGUGGUCAUUUUUCCAAAACAUAUUAAUCUCAUCUGUUGAAAGAGGACCAUGAUCGAAAAUCUACCAUAAAGCGGCGACUCCACAUCCUCUAUUCUCUUUGUAUAUUUAUAAAGGGACAAGAAGAGGUUAAAAUGGUUUUGCCAGGCCUUUAUUAGAGUCACGUCGGUUCUGGUUUAUAAACCUUAUAAAAUUUAAAAAACACUUACAGACGAACAAUUCUUUUAAAAGGUUUUACUGGAACUUCUGAAGUACUGGUAUCGAUACGCAAGCCCAUUUACUGCUGUUGCGCCAUCGGUACUGCCGCUUUCCACUGAAGACAGCGGUUGGCUGUGGAGUUCCAACAUAGCUUUGUAGAGGAGCUGUAAACCAGGAUUUCCAGCUCGGGGUUGAAACCAAAGCGGAGCAAUACGCCGACGAGGGAGCAUCCUCCUCACAGAUCUAAACAUUUCGCUGCUGUUCUUCAAAUGACCCCGAAACGGAUGGUCAUAAAGUGGAUAUACUACGUGAAGUACCUGGUAAUGAAACAGAAAUGCUUGUGUUUGCUCCUCGUGUUUGCUGCCUAUUCAAUGGUGGACCCAAUUUUCUUCAGAUUUAUGGAAGGAUUCUCUCCCAUGGAGAAAUGUCAUUUGCCCAAAGGAUUAAAAUUAAAACCUGGAGACCACGCAGACAAUUAUCUGGACUAUUGAACUUCUUCGUUGGUUAUCCUGUCCGUAUAUGAUGUGCAUAGCAUUCUUCUGAGGAACCACAUCUCUGCUGCAUUGAUUCUUUUUCCAUUGCAUUUGUGAUGGUCCAUGACUCGCAGCCAUUCGUUAAUAUAAGAAGAAUGUAGCAGCUGAGAGUUCUAAGGCGGAUGUCAAAUGUUAUUUUCUUGAUCGUUAGGAUGUUUCUCAUUUCUGUAAAUGCUGUUCCUGCCAUCGCUAUUCUUGCUUUUGUCUGUUCCGCAUUUGCCAUCAGAUGUUACCCAUGAUCCAAGUCAUCCAUGCCAUCCACAAUACCACCACCAAUCUUUGGAUCAUCUGCAAACUUGCUAACCCACCCAUGACCAGGACUGAUGUUCAAACCUGCACAAGUUGGAAUGCUCCUAUCAUUUGGGAAGGGACCUUUAACCCAACGGAUUUCGAUGAGAUGUACAAGAAAAAGAACACCGUUAUUGGUCUCACAGUCUUUGCGGUUGGCAACUACUUGGACUUGUACUUGGAGCAUUUCCUGAUGACUGCUGAUGAACAUUUCAUGCCGGGAUUCCCUGUCAUCUUCUAUGUGUUUGUAGAUAACCUGACCAAGCUUGAGCAGAUAGAUUCAAAGCUGAGAGGAAGAGGGAAAGUCAGAGGUUUUAAAGUUGAACGGCACAAGCGAUGGCAGGACAAUUCCAUGUUCCGUAUGAAGCAGAUCUACGAGUUGAUUGACAAUCAUGCCAAAAAGGAGACCAGCUACAUAUUUUGCUUUGAUGUGGAUCAGUAUUUUCAAAGCCGCUUUGGCACAGAGGCACUGGGUGAGUCGGUGGCUCUCCUGCACGCCUGGUUCUAUAGAAAGCCAAAGUUUUUGUUCACUUACGAAAGUAAUCCUCACUCCGCAGCGUACCUAGAGGGCGAGGGGGAUUUCUACUACCACGCAGCUGUGUUUGGUGGCACUUGGCAGAGUGUGAGGAACCUGACAGAGGCCUGCUACCUGGGGAUUAUGCAGGACAAGGAGCGAAACGUGGAGGCCCUUUGGCACGACGAGAGUCACCUUAACAAAUACUUAUGGUUGCAUAAACCCACCAAAAUCCUUUCGCCAGAAUACUGUUGGGAUCCAAAAAUUGGAUGGCGGAGAGACAUCCGUGUGUUCCGGCUGCUUUGGGUCAAGAAGCAGUAUGCAGUUAGUCGAGAAAUUAACUAAUUAUUUGAGAAAAGGGAUUUAUAUUGACUUUUAUCUCUUUCCCCUUGGUUGUUCUCCUGGCAGACACAGAGUGGACGAGGUGCAAAGGGGAAUAGCUGAAGUCUGUCCUGAAUUAUAUGUGCCUUAUCUUCCCUCACACAUAUCGAAUUUAGUAAAGGAUCCCCUUUUCCACCAGUCUGUUGCAAGGCACCAUCUUGAAAGUGGGUCUGAAGCUUAUUUGAGGAAUAAUUGGCCUGGAGAUGAUUAAAUCACUGAAAUUUCCUGAUGAUGAAAUGGUUCUUGGAUGGCCCUCAUUUCAGUUAGUAUGUCCUCCUACUAAACAGCAGCCAGAAAGAACAGCUACCAACAAGCCACUCACAUGCUGAGAGUUCGAGGGAUUUUUUUUCAAUGGACUAUUCACAGAUGAGGGUUCUGCAGAGGAAGUAGAAAGGGGAGAUGAGGUCAGGCAGCCACCAGUUUGACAAGGAAGACGGGAAAAGGAAGGACACUACAUAGGAUGAGAUGGAAGACGCCAGCACCAUCUCGCAUUCCAGAUUGAAUUGUCCUUCACUCUCUACCAGGACUUGAGCUGAUCCUGUGUUUACCUACUGCUGUACUUGUGCACUGGGCUACAUCUGUACAUACAUGCACGCUAAUGCACGUACUAAAUCUUCAGAUAUUUAGCGUCAGUCUAUUUCAAAUUACUGUAAUCAGUAAAUAAAAUCAGAAUUCUGCACUAAAUUCAGAUAGCCACCUAGGAAUCUUUUGUUAGCAGGUUUAGCAUAAAUUCUCAUAAUUUCAUUGAAACAGCUACUACCUUGAUGAUUUUUCAUUGUAAUAACCUUUAGCGUGUCCAUCCAAUGCCAGAAACAAAUUCCUUUUAAACACGGUUCUGGGUCAAGUGGAUAAAAUAAACUAAAGCUUUAAUGAAAUAUUUUUUUAAAGAAUAAAAAAAUCUGUGAAUUAUGUUUACAGAGAUCCUUUAAGGUCAGCACUGAUUUUAUGUUGUUUUGAUAUCAUUAAUAAUUUGCAGAUCUUUCUUUUUGGGUAUGAAAUUGUAUGUUUGAGUUGGGGUGAAUAAAUUUACAAUUCUG